CUGAGUAGGGGUCGGAGCCGAGCUGGGGAAGGGCUGGAGAAGGGUGAGACUGAAGGAGUGUCUUCCUGCUAGCGAGAUCGCGGUAGUGUACGGGAGUGGGCGGAGAUCUGUGCGUGAGAUGUAAGGCUUCUAGGGUGAGAGAGGAGGUCAACAAAGGUAUAAAGGAGAGACUUUGAGAUCCACAGGUGUGAGACGGGGUGAAUGGGGAGUGAUACGGAGGUCUGUGGGGCGAGAGGCGAAGUCUGAGUCGAAACAGUGAUCUGUAGGAAUAAGAUGGGUCUAUAUGGGCAGUGUAGCGUUUUGUGGAGAGAGAGAGGGGUUAGAGGAGGGACACUGUGGGGAGACCCACGGGGGCGAGAUUGGGAUGAUGUGGAGGCCGUUGGAAGGAUGUGGGAUUCUAGCCGAUUGGAUAGGGAAUGAAGUGUUAUUGGGCAGGCCAUUGGCAGUGGUGUAGUAGGUUCAUGGGUGAGAUGCGAGGCUCUGGAGGAACACACAGCCUUUGGGGGUUCAGAUGAAGUAAGAGACCCUCAAAUGCCACAGCCUUGAGGAACAAGAGAAGGAGGAUGCAGGCUUCCGCCACCAUUUAUCCACACAGGAGAAGACCCUUCAGAUCUGUGUGGUGGGCAGUGGCCCUGCUGGCUUUUACACAGCCCAACACCUGCUAAAGGGAGCUCCAAGCUACUGGCUGUGCUCCUAAGACAGGACCACGUGCAGCACGUUUGGGACAGUGGCACUUAGCUUGAGUCAGGCACUGAGCACAGCAUCUCGUAGCAUCCUCAUGACAACCUGCAAAGCAGGUGUCAUGCCUCUUGCUUCACAGCAGCACCCCCAGGCCCAUGUGGACAUCUACGAGAAGCAGCCCGUGCCCUUUGGCCUGGUGCGCUUUGGCGUGGCGCCUGAUCACCCCGAGGUGAAGAAUGUCAUCAACACAUUUACCCAGACGGCCCACUCUGGCCGCUGUGCCUUCUGGGGCAACGUGGAGGUGGGCAGGGACGUGACGGUGCCGGAGCUGCGGGAGGCCUACCAUGCUGUGGUGCUGAGCUACGGGGCAGAGGACCAUCGGGCCCUGGAAAUUCCUGGUGAGGAGCUGCCAGGUGUGUGCUCCGCCCGGGCCUUUGUGGGCUGGUACAACGGGCUUCCUGAGAACCGGGAGCUGGAGCCAGACUUGAGCGGUGACACAGCCGUGAUUCUGGGGCAGGGGAACGUGGCUCUGGAUGUGGCCCGCAUCCUACUGACCCCACCUGAGCACCUGGAGGCCUUCCUUUUGUGCCAGAGAACGGACAUCACGAAGGCAGCCCUGGGUGUACUGAGGCAGAGUCGAGUGAAGACAGUGUGGCUAGUGGGCCGGCGUGGACCCCUGCAAGUGGCCUUCACCAUUAAGGAGCUUCGGGAGAUGAUUCAGUUACCGGGAGCGCGGCCCAUUUUGGAUCCUGCAGAUUUCUUGGGCCUCCAGGACAAGAUCAAGGAGGUCCCCCGCCCAAGGAAGCGGCUGACGGAACUGCUGCUUCGAACGGCCACAGAGAAGCCAGGGCCGGAGGAGGCUGCCCGCCGGGCAUCAGCCUCCCGUGCCUGGGGCCUCCGCUUUUUCCGAAGCCCCCAGCAGGUGCUGCCCUCACCAGAUGGGCGGCGGGCAGCAGGUGUCCGCCUGGCAGUCACUAGACUGGAGGUGAGUCUCAUGUUUCCCAAAGACACCUCGUUCCCAGGCCUCUGCCACCCCAGCACCCCAGCCUGGUGUUGCCCGCACUCUCCCCAACAGGGUGUCGGUGAGGCCACCCGUGCAGUGCCCACGGGAGACAUGGAAGACCUCCCUUGUGGGCUGGUGCUCAGCAGCGUUGGGUAUAAGAGCCGCCCUGUCGACCCAAGCGUGCCCUUUGACUCCAAGCUUGGGGUCAUCCCCAAUGUGGAGGGCCGGGUUAUGGAUGUGCCAGGCCUCUACUGCAGCGGCUGGGUGAAGAGAGGACCUACAGGUGUCAUAGCCACAACCAUGACUGACAGCUUCCUCACUGGCCAGAUGUUGCUGCAGGACCUGAAGGCUGGGCUGCUCCCCUCGGGCCCCAGGCCUGGCUACGCAGCCAUCCAGGCCCUGCUCAGCAGCCGAGGGGUCCGGCCAGUCUCUUUCUCAGACUGGGAGAAGCUGGAUGCCGAGGAGGUAGCCCGGGGCCAGGGCACAGGGAAGCCCAGGGAGAAGCUGGUGGAUCCUCAAGAGAUGCUGCGCCUGCUGGGGCACUGAGCCCAACCCCAGCCCCAGCCCCAGCCCCUGCCCCUGGCAGGGAAGGGAUGAGUGCUGGGAGGGGAAGGGCUCCAUCCAUCUGAGUGGGACUUUGCAACCUCUGCUGAUCCCAGCCGGCUGUGGCUUGGAGGCUUGGCUGCUAUUCCAGCGUCUCCUCCCUCCUAGGGAAGGUUGCCCUUGCGACCAAGAGUUUAGCUUUCAGCAACCGAGGUAACCUUAGGGACAGGUGGAGGUACGGGCCUACCUAACUCCUUACCCACCUCUCUACUGCUGGACUGUGGAGGGUCACCAGGUUGGGAACAUGCUGGAAAUAAAACAGCUGCAACCAAGAGC